AGGACAGUAUGGCCAAGGCAAGAACAUUUAGGACUCAGUCUGAACAGCUCAGCCAUCCCUCAAACCACAUUCUGCUCAAGGGACAGCAAGACCACGACGAAGACCCCCAUCACGACGACGGCGACGCGGCUUCAGACGAAAGCCGGGGUCCGCUGGAAGAGAGUGGCCGCACCAUGUCCGAUAGCAGUGAUGAGGAGGUGGAGGAGUCUGUUGCUGAGGACAUCCAGCGCUUUGAGGACAGCUUCAGGGGCAUUACCUCCAAAUACCGCCUCAUCAACCGCAUCGGAGAAGGCACCUUUUCGACGGUUUACAAGGCCGAGGAUCUCCAAUACUCCAAAUACAGCAAUGACUGGGACGUCGAAAGCGGUCCCCGGAAGAAGGCUCGUUUUGUGGCUAUCAAAAAGAUCUAUGUCACGAGCAGUCCCAUUCGGAUAUUCAAUGAACUGGAACUGCUUCACGACCUCAAGGAUUCUGAUUCAGUGUGCCCGUUGAUCACCGCAUUUCGCGACCAGGACCAAGUCAUUGCCAUUCUUCCGUACUUCCAGCACCGCGAUUUUCGAGAGUACUUCCGCGACAUGUCCUUUUCCGACAUGAGACGCUACUUCCAGAGUUUAUUCACUGCCCUCAGUGCCGUCCACGCUCACGGAAUCCUUCACCGCGACAUCAAGCCCACAAAUUUCCUCUACAACCCUGUAGAGGCCCGCGGAGUUCUUGUCGAUUUCGGGUUGGCCGAGCGAGAAGGGACCGACCAUCACCACUGUCCAUGCGAGCUUUCCAGCGACCAGAGGCGUUACAAAAUCGAGCACAGCGUUCAUGCUGCCACCCAGGCCAGCGCCCCUAACAUGAUUCCCACGUACCCAAAGAACGAUUCCAGAGGAAGCCGGCGUGCCAAUCGAGCUGGAACACGUGGAUUCCGAGCACCAGAGGUUCUCCUCAAAUGCACUGCGCAGACCACGGCACUAGACAUGUGGAGUGCAGGUGUAAUCCUACUGACGUUUCUCUCCCGUCGUUUCCCUUUCUUCCACAGUGCUGAUGAUAUUGAUGCACUGCUCGAAAUCACCAACAUCUUCGGGAGGAAGAAGAUGAAGGAGACAUCUCUCCUUCACGGCCAGGUGUUUGAAACCAACAUCCCAAGCUAUACCGAGAGCGGUCAUGGCUUUGAGAAGAUCAUUCUCUGGUGCACAAACCGCCAUGGCAAACACGACAACGGCGAGAAGAUCAGGAUGGUUGGGGAAGAAAGGGAGGCGCUGGUGUUCAUGGAAAAGCUGCUAGAGUGUGACCCCAAGAAACGUAUGACGGCUGACGAUGCCCUAAACGACCCCUUUCUCGCAAUCCUCGGAGAGGAAACCGCUGGAGAGGAGACGGAUGAAGACGAAGACAUGGCUGAGCUUGUCGAAUCAUAAGACGGAAUUCAAUUCAAGGCGUACCGCGCACGCAUCAUGUAUGGGAUGGCCUUUCGGUUGGCGCAUAGGAGGUUUCGGUUCAGAGAUACCACGAGCAUGGCUGGAGUUCAAUGUUGUUAUGGUGCAUUGCAGCUUGUAGAUACUGGCAUUUGCGUGGUCUGUUUCUGUUCAUCUGGUGCAUUCAGCGGACAUAUUGUAUUACUAAGAUACCCUUACAUUUUGACUAAAGAAUUUAAGUUAUCAAAAGCUUUAGCAGAGCGCGAUAUAGGAUAAUUGAAAGCCAU